AUGAUUGAAUAAAAACAUAUAAAUACAAUACUCACAUUCCAAUAUAAUAAAUAAAAAUUUAAAUAUCGUUUUUCAACUAAGUUUUAAUCGUUAAUUUACUUUAAUAGAGUCUACUAUUAAAGUAUUCAAAUAGUAUGAAUUCUCAAUAGCUAUAAGCCGUAAUUAACCUAUAAUUCAAAGUACUUUUCGCAUAAACAAAUAAUUUAUACUGCCGUGCUUAGGAAAAGGACAGUAUCGUGUCAUAAUAAUCUAAUUUAUAGAUAGAAUAAAAAAUGGCUACAUUAGAGGAUAAAAUAUUGGGUGAAAAAUUGGAAUAUUACUGCAGUUCAAGUGACGACGAAGAAAAAGAUUCUGGAGAUUCAGAUUCUGAGGAAUCAAAAUCAGAAUUGAAAGGAAGUGUUCAGUCAGAGGAAAUUCCUUCUUCGAGUUAUGAUGAGUGGAAUGGUACUUCCAGUAACACUGGCCCUAAAGGUGUUUUAAAGGAUUGGCAAAGAUUUAAACAAUUGGAGUCGGAAAAAAGAGCCGACCAAGAACGAGAACGUUUGCAAUUAAUUAAAAAAUUAAGUAUUACUUGUAGAAGUGUAUUGGACGAUGAAAAAGAAAAUCUUAGUGAAACAGACCCAGAAUUAGCGGAAUUGCUUGAAGAUGAUUUUUUACUUGAAUAUCAAAAACAAAGAAUGAAAGAAAUGCUAGUGAAAGCAAAUAAAUUUCAAUUUGGUACUUUAAUUAAUUUAAGUAGUGCCGAUGAAUUUUUAGAGGCUAUUGAUAAAGAAGACAAGUCUGUGACUGUUAUUGUACAUAUUUACGAGAAAAACAUUCCUGCGUGUGAAGCUAUGAAUGGGAGUUUAAUAAAUUUGGCUCAAGAAUAUACAAACAUAAAAUUUUGUAAAAUUCUUGGUUUGACAGCUGGCUUAAGUAAGCAUUUUAAAAAACGAGGGGUUCCAGCUCUUCUUGUUUAUAAAAAUGGCCAAGUAAUUGGUAAUUUUGUCAAUGUAUCUGACACAUUAGGAACUGACUUUUAUGCUUCAGAUGUUGAAAACUUUUUGCUUGAAAAUGGAAUCAUCGUAGAUAAAAAUAAUAUAUCAAAAAUAAUUGCUGAUUCAAUUAAUGAUGACAGUGAAUAACUGGUGAAUGACUUAAUUUUAAAAAUCUUUAUUGAUCUCGAUAAAAAAAUAUAAAUAGACUUUUUUACUUAAAUAAAUUGAACUGAAUAUGUUACAUUAUAUGAUACAUUUAAAUUUUAGAGACUUUUUAAUAAACGCUCUUCUUUCUC